AUGGAUCCCAAACAUUUCCUUGAAACAUUACGAAAUAGUGAUUGGAAUGAAACAUCAUUAAACUUGCUACGCAAAAGGUGGAUGGAUUGUUUAGAUUGCGAUAUAGGACUUCUUAGUGGUCGUAAUCGUCGUAUCAUUAAUUUAAUAAAUUUUUCUGAACAAUUUACUACAAAUUGUGGUGCUACCAUUGGUCCUGAUGAACCGACAACGUACAAUGGUUCUUAUAUUCGAGAUGAUUUCUUUCCGGCAAAACAUGGUAAUGGUAUCACAACAAUGUUUGUAUGUAAUUCCAAUCGAAUUGCCAAACCCAAUCAAUUCGUUUAUAAAUCACCACCGAUCUUACUCUUGAAUGUUGGGAAAAGUGUAAUUACCAUCGAGAAAAACAAAACAGUAGCAACGAUGGUUAAGGAUUUACCAUUUGCACUUACUAUUGGAAAACAACGUUAUAAUCUAGCAGGAGCAAUUUGUCCACAAGCAAAUCAUUUUACUGCUACUAUUGUUUGUGCUAAAGGACGAUUUUCUAAAUAUGAUGAUCUCAACAAAUUUGGCGUAAAAAACAAUGAAGGUGGCGAUGACGUUGCCGAAACAGCAAUUUAUGCUAUUGAAACGCAAGACAAUGACAACUAG